GCGCUGCCACUGCCAAAGAUGCUAGAUCUUCGAAUCAAUUAUCGCGAAGAAGCCUACUCGAGACUUUAGAAGACUCGGCAGAAAUCUGGACAAAAUGUCGAUGACUGGAAGCUUAAUGGGAUACGAGAAUAAUAACGAUGUGAACCAGGCCAAGUGUAAAAAGCCGUUGAAGCCGCUGCCAGUCGUGUCGAGCAUAAGCUCGAGUGGCGUGACUACGAGCACGGCCAAACCGAAAAAAGCACGAAGAUCGACGAAGAAAGACAGGAGAUGCGCGUUUGGUCAUGUAAACAAUCUCUGGUCCGUCUGGUACGGCACACUGGCUGUCUCUUUACAGGCAUACAUAGGACUAAGAUGCGCCAGACGAUUCUCAACUUAUAUAUCACUUCCAUGGGCAGCGGACGCGCCUCCUCCUGAAAAUGAAUUGUACGUCUGCCUGGCGCUAUUGGGCACGGGACUCGUUCUACUUCCUGUGUUUCUUAGUGCGGCAUGUUUGAAGCUCGGCAAUCUCGCGAACGAUGGAAUAAAAUUGGGUCGACAUUUGAGCGCUUGUUCGCGCGACCCGCCGUCCGCGCUUUAUAUUAAUAAUUCCGAUAACAGUCUGGCAAGUAAUUUGUGGAGACACGGCGGUCCUACGGCGGCCUUCGUGCACCUCUGCACGGCCAUGUGCUUUCUCCUACCCUCUUUGCUCAUGGAGGCGAGGCUAAUACACGCUGGAUUUCUGCCAAAAGAUGCAAUAUGGAGAACCGAUUUGGACUGGAUAGUAAUACAUCGCGAUCGUCUAGUAUUAUUAAGCUUCAUGAACCCGAUCGGCAACUUAAGCUCCCUGACCGGCUCGGUGACGCCACAACCUUUCUUAACUCUGACCCCAGAAGAAGGCAUUAAUGAGAACCUCGACGAGUUUACCACUUCGACACCCGGUCUAACAAACAUGGCGCUUCCGGAUGUUGUCGAGACUCACGUCGGCGAGACAACUACCACGUUCUCGACUAUUCUCCACCCAAUCGUCACAGAUCCACCUUUGUCUCGAACCACUACUCCGAGUCCCGGUACAACUUCCGGCAAAACUACUACCACUGCUACUACUACUACUGCUACGAGCACCGAAACGACUUCGACGAUCUCGAAAACAACAAUGUUGCCGAAGAACAACACCGCGAGACGUCCGACCGCGAGAACCUUCACUAAAAGCAGUAAUUCGAAGAGGUCAAAGGCGAAGAAUCUCACCAGGAUAUCCACAACGACGAGAUCUUCCAGAGCCGUCGGAAACAUGACGGCUCAGAGUAUGUCGUUGACGAUGAACAGCCUGGCGGAUCUUGACCAUCCCGAGAAUUUGAAUCUAGAACUUCAAACAGCCGAAUCAUAUGGUCCGAUUACUCUGGAAUAUCUGAAUUACGCCGCCGCGCUCGGCGUCUACUCGGUAAGGUAUCCCGCCGUCUUCUGGUCGUGCAACAAAGCAUUGGGUACAAUUUUCAGUCUGCAACUGGUCAUAAAUUCAGCGCAGAGUCUGCUGGCUUACGCCGGAAUGUCCGUCCUUUAUAAGGUCCAGGUGGUAGGCGCGUUAAAAGCCCUGCCGCUUCUUCGGCAUCGCACCGUAGCGACGACCAGUACAAUCUCGACAAUAUUCGGAGACUCCUACUUUCUGCUGGAUCCUCCCGUGACCCUCGUGCUCUUCGCUCUCUCGUCUUUCCUGGUGCUCUGUUCCAGCAUGGUCAUGUACUUCUACGCUCACGGCAGGUUCACCGCUUUCCUGAAUCAGGAACGCGAGCGUCGCGUGAUCCUGUUGAGGGACGGCCGCGAGGGCAACGGCUGGGUCUACCUGCCACACUGCGCCGCGCUCGUCGUAUUCCUGGCGAUCUCGAUUUGUGGCGCGCCGCUGCUGUACGAUUACACGGUAGUGUAUCGCGGCAGUCUGGACGGCGCGAUCCUCGCCUGCAUCAUCGGCGUGAUACUCCACCUCCUUCUCUGGCUGCUCCUCUGGAUAAUCCUUACCAUCAAGCAACGCUGGACGUUCAAGAUGCGCGUGACCAUCGGUCGCGCCACCGUGAGGUCCGCGAGGUCGAUGAAACUCGUGACCGACGUCGAUCUGCUGUCGGCCAAGGACGACGACGACGGCACCAGCGCGCCUUUGCUUAUCGUCGAUAACGGCAGGACUUACACUAUCGCCGACACCUCGCCGAAGAGGGCUAUCAUGAACGUGAUACAGAAGGCUGCUAUGGAGAAGAAGGCUCGAUCGCAAGGCGGAAACGUCGACGGGGUCGACGGCGAAUCGACGGCUGACGGUGAUGAGCAGAUCUACUGGCUUAGGCCGAAAUUACGUCCUUCGCCCGCGCAAUCCCCGAGCGACAACAGCGGUGCACCGACGUCCGACAAGGGUUGGCUGAACAAGAAGCUCAAGCAUAAGGUCACCUUUAACGACCUGCCUAGUACGUCAGGCUCGCGUAAUAAGGGAAAAGCCAGACGAGGCGUCGCUGACGGCGGGCCUGAUGAUGACGGAGAUUACGCCACAUUACGCGAAUUACCGCUAGUCACCUCACUAGAUCCGGCCGAUGAUUCCACCUCUGAAGAAAACAAAUGGCAAAGAUGGCCGAUAACUCGUAGGGACGGUAUACCUAAAUUCAGGAAUUUGCUCGAGUGCGUGAACGACGAUCAGGUGACUUACUAUGCGAGUGCGAAUCGUGACCUACAACCGUCGGAAGGUGAUCCUUCGCCCCUUCUGACCCCCGAUCCUCUACCUGAUCCCGUUGAGGAAGAACCGCUCCCGUUGCCCCCUCCGACUCCAACCUCCGCACCAACCACUGAUAUUGUCACGGCGCCACUAACUACAAAUGUCCAGAUGAACGGUGGACAAACGCCGCGAUGCCUGCGUCGCGCGGAUUCGGGAAUGCCGCACGAUGAACUGACACCGCGCUCGGACUCCUCGAAUUCACCACCUUUGGACGCGGUAGGCAGCGGCGGCGGCGGCGCCGGUUCGGUCACCGGCCACAGCAACACCAGCAGCAACAGCGAGACGUCGAGCGGCGUGCAUAGUAACGCCAGCAACGCCAGCAACGCUAGCCACACCAGCUCCCAAACCGGUCGUCGAGCGACCAGCGUGGACGAUCUGACCGGCGAGCCGCGCGAGGAACCGCGCGAGCAGUGGCGCAGCUGCUCCCUUCAGCGAGGCACGCAACCGCCUACGGCAAAUACGACCUUCUCGCCGCCCAACAGCCGCCCCAGCACCAGCCAAUCCUUUUCCUCGCCGCAAUACGUGAACCACGUGCCGCCGUUCGCCAACGCUGCCGGCGGCAACGAGAUCGGCUCAGGCUGCCCGGCGGUCAUCCUCGAGAAUCCGAACGAGGCGACGGUCGUAAUUCGCCGCAAACUCUCGAGAGCGAAGCUCACGGAUCCGCUGAACGCAAACGAGGAACCGUUUGGUCGGUCCACCAACAUGAGGAUGACCUCCUUCACGGAGAGCAACGACAUCCGCAUACAGGCUUCCUCGGCGACCCUGCCGCACUAUCCCACGCAGCCUAUCGUCACGUAUCCGCACUGCUCCACGAUGCCGCUGCCUCACGCGUCAUCCCACAGCGUGGCCACAGCGAACAUGAGCGGCGGCUCGACCGGCAGCUGCGGCUCCGUGCCGAAGCACACGUUCGUGCCACCGCAAGUUCACACUACGAUGCCGGCGCACACGACGCUGCCGUCGCAUCACAACGGUGUCAGGCUGCUACACAACGCCAGCGCUAAUCCUAACAAUCCGUUCGUCAAGAGGUUCCCGCCGGUGCAGCUGCACACCCAGCCCUGGGCUCUGCCGGGGCAUCACACCUUCCCGCAGAUGCCACCGAACAACAACAAGCUCACGGCCACCGCGCAGAUCAGACAGAGCGACCGGGACUCGGCGAACUUCUCCAUGGCCAGUAGCGGGGACUCCGACACGUGUUUACCGCACUAAAAUGCGCGAGGACUGCUGAUUUAGGCGUUAAAAGCGUGUGCGCGGCCGAAUUAUGCUGGUGAACUCCGUACCGCCUUUUAGUGCGUCAGGUGAUACUCAGUAUUUUCGUGAAUGACGUUUUGUCGUUGGAAUCACGAUAUCAAGCGGGCAUCGCAGUUUCCAGAUACGAUGUAUCACUGACGAUCGUUAUUUCUUUUAAGGGCUUAUUCAGGUGAGUGAGAGCGAUAGAAGUGUAGCAGGCAGACAGAGAGCAGCUCUUUGCGCGAACUCGAGACGAGUUGUGAAUGAAUAUUUUAUUCCGAAAUAAAUCUUUAGGCAAAAUUGUAAUAUGUAUUUAGUAUGCUGCAUUACCAGGUAUGAAUCGUUAGAGGAAGCUUUCACAUAUUUUAUAUCUCGUAUACCGAAAUUUGAAGAAAUAUCGGAUUAAAGUUGAAACGACAUAUCACACUUCUGCCGUUAAAUGCCAUUUGUUAAAUGUAUAAAUGUAUGGCAUUCCUUAAUAUACGUGCUACCUCUAUUUUUUUACAAUUUGAUCGGACGCGACACGUCGAUCGGAUUUUACCUGAUUAUUUAAAUAGAUGUGUCUAUGAUAUUAACGUAGUUUAUUGCACAAAAGCCGCAUAUAUAUAAAAAUGCCACUCGUUUGAAUAAACGAUGAACGAGCAUCAAGGUAAAUGGUCGAAAAAGGCACGGAAAGUAUAAAUGAUUAUAUGGUGAACGUAAUUAAUAAUUAUAAUUAAAAACAAUUCCGUUACAUACAUAUCUUAUAUACGUUGUGAUCCCAUUUAAUCUCUAAUCACGCAGCAAUAAAAUGAAAUAUCUGAAACGGUUAGUGAUAUAAAUAGUGAAACAAUAGGUACUCAAUCGAGAAAUCUUCAUCCUGGUUAAUGCGAAAUACUCCUGAAUCAUUCAACAAUAAGUAAUUAUGCAUAAGUAACGCACGUAUAUCGCAGUUUAAAGAGAAGUAAAUCAGAUUACGAUAAGUAUAAAUAAUACUAGAUCCUCUGCUCGAGUUUGCGCAAACGUCUUUCGAUGCGCGCUUAUAGUUAAAAUCAUCAUUUUCAUUUUACUAUCUCACGAGGCGGAGGUAUUCGACAUAAAGGAAAAUCAGCGCUUUGCCAUAUAUGAUAACAACAGAGAUGAUAAUCGUCAGCAGGCGGAAGAGUGAGAAUAAUGUAGUUAUCCCAUUUUUAGGUAUGGAAAAAAAGUUAUCGUGUUGUCCUAAAUAAAAUACGUGUAUAGAGUGAAGUAAGGAUAGUCGGUUGUAAGAGAAAAUGUGGGAAAAAACUCGGGUCGCUCCUUCAUAAGCAUUCACGCUUUUGUAUCAAUAAUUAAGAUCUCUUUUCUACCGAUAAUUGUAAAUUUUGUUAAAAUGUAAUUUGUACAUUGCUAAUCAUUUGUUUAUAGUGCGGCUCUGACGAGUCACUUACGUGCGAUUAAGGCGAAAAGAAGAAAAGCAUUCUCUCACGUGCGUGAACUGCACGUUCGAACUAUGCGCAAUACGUUUUUUCUCUCAUUCGCUUUUGGUCUUGUUUCUUUUUCUUCUUUUAUAGUCGCAAUGUUUGUUUGUUUGAAUGUUCUAUAAGUUAUAUGUUUAAAUAUUAGAAAUUACGUGCGAAAUAGCACGCGAGCGGUUUUAUAUGAAUUGUAUACUGUAAAAUGUAAUGCGAAUUGCAGUCGUGCGAUUUUUGGCCUUGAUAAGAUUUACGGUGUAUUGAAAAUUUACUAUUACAUCAAAUCUUCUUGUGGUCUGAUAACGGUGUACCAUAAUCUCCCGCUAUGUUAUGGUAAUCGUGUCGUAAGAUUUGCAAUGUUAUACAGUGCCAUCGAAGUUAGUAAGCACACGUAUAUCACAGGCAAGAAUGUACCGGAUCGGUACAAUUUCGACAUGUUUCAAUUCCGAUGCGAAAAGCACCUGAAAUAAAUCCUGACCGUUCGUAAGCAAUAUGGAUCAAUUUCACGUAUUUAUAAUAUCGGAAUGCAAAUUUAGCGAAAUAAUGCCGAUUCAAAUCGCAGGAAUGGAAAUAUUCUAUGUAAUUAGGUAUUACUCAUAGCCUUCGACUUUAUGAGUAAGAGCUAAGAUGGCGAUUUACCGCGAGGACGAUGUGUGCUAUUUAUUUAUCUAUGAAUACCGAGCAGAGCAUUUGUACAGUCUAAUAUUCUUUCUUUUGUUAAAAGAAUUGUACAAGAUGCAUGCGAAAUUGCGUACAUUUUAUUUCUUUUUCUUUUUCAUGUGAUUUCUGUCUGUUCGAUAUUAUUUAAAAUCGUACAACGAGUAUUUAUUUAAUUGCCUGCAAAUGUAUGCAGAGGAAUCGUUAGGGCGCCGUAAAGAGAAGACAGACAAACGCAGUCUGUCGCAAGUGGUUUAAGGAACAAUUACUGCCACUUACUGAAGAUCUACAGAUCUCUAUUACAUUUACUUGUUUCGUCAACUGCCAUGUUAUUUCGUCCUUUCGUGAAUAUAAAUAAUCACCGUACUCGUUUAACUCGUACCUAGCAUUUACUUGUACGUACGCUAUGGUACGCGUAUGCUUAAAAAAAAAAAUAAGAAAGAAGCAUACGUUCGCUAAGUUGCGUUCUUUCGCGACUAUAUAUCACUUUAUGAGACGCGUGAUGGCAGUGGCUGGUCUCGCGAAAAUGCAUCACAUCCUCGAGUCUUUCUCGCAAUCUAACGUAAUAAUAUCGCGUGAUAUUUUCGACGCUCGUACUUUCGACAGUUCUUCCAGAAAGAUCGUAUUCGAGUUCAACGCUCGAAAUCAGUUUAUCCGCCCAGUUUAUGUCAAUUUUGAAUUGUUUGUAACAAUAUAAUCGGAUUCGUUUUUUGUAACAGAUGCAAACUCGAUUAAGCCAGCGAAUUGGCUUUCUGUUAGAUUGCGACAGGCUAAGAAGGAACACUAACAUAAGUUGAAUUUAGACAAACGAAGUUGCUUCAAUUAAAAUCGAGAUGAAUAAUUCACUCAAUACGUAAUUAAACGUACGUAAUAAUGAAAAGUAUUAUUAAAUGAGUCGGUUGAUUUGUAUGUUUAUUCAAGUAAUGUGCGAGAUUCAUGUCAAUUUACAAAAUUUUUCUAAAUCGAUGUUAUUAUUGCGCAUCAAAUAUGUUAUGAUGCAUUAUCAAACUUUGUAUAAAACUGUACGUAUCAUUUUUUUCGAGGCGAAUGAAAUAUUACACUUAUUUGAUGAACACGAAAAAAAGAAAAAAAAUUUUUUUGUAAUCACCGAUUACGAAGACACGAACGCAAUUGAUGAACCAAUUGUGUUAGAAUUGUAUGACAUGUGACAUGUUUGCGAUUGAAAAAGAUUUUUACGCAUUCCGUGAAAGAUGACUGUAACAAUAAAACGAGAGUGUGAGCGUUCUUGGAACAUUGUUCAGGACUCAUACUUCUCACGUGACAAUGCAAUAUAAAACCGAAUAAUCUGUA